CGUGUGCGCAAGAAUAAUCAGUAACCGACAAACCGUAUCGCGCAACGGACGGUAGUGAUCCAAUAUACACGUAACUUAUAAUUUUAAAGUUAUACCUUACUCAUAAUAAUUCGCUUAUUCUUAUUAUUGUUUAUCGUCCAACUACUUCUCAGCAAGAAUGGCACCUGAUCCAGAAAGACGGCAAGUGAGUUUUCCGAAACUAAAAUAUCCUUUGUUCAGAGAAGAAGAGCCAAAGAGUCCACAAAAAUGGAUAAAAGCGAAACAGAUUCAAGAUGGCGCUGAAGGUUUCUGGAGAAUUCAUGACAGUAUUUACGAUCUCACCGAAUUUAUUCCUUCUCAUCCUGGGGGCUCGCAGUGGCUUUCAAUGACCAAGGGUACAGAUAUUACCGAAGCCUUUGAAACACAUCACAUAAACAGUACAGCCGAAGCUCUGUUACCCAAAUAUUUUAUUAAGAAAGCCGACUCCCCACGGAAUUCACCCUUUACGUUUAAGGAAGAUGGGUUUUAUAAGACAUUGAAAGCAAAAGUCGUGUUAAAAUUAAAAGACAUACCAGGCGACGUAAGGAAAAAGAGUGACAAUGUAACAGAUUUUCUCUUUGUAUGCCUCGUGGUAGCUGGUCCGCUUUGUUGUUGGCUUUGGACAAAGAAUUUAAUAUAUGGAGCGGCCGCCACGCUGAUUCUCGGUCUAACACUUUGUGCCUUAACAAUCUGUGCCCACAACUAUUUUCAUAGAGCAGAUAGCUGGCGGAUGUACCUUUUCAAUAUAAGCGGCUUCUCAUACCUUGAUUGGCGGAUUUCACACUCGAUGUCUCAUCACUUAUACACAAAUACAGCAAACGAUAUAGAAUUGAGCUUCUUAGAGCCUUUCUUGCAAUACUUACCGAGGCCGGAUAAGCCAUUAUGGGCCCAAAUGGGGGCUUUCUUUUACCCCGUCGUAUUUUUAUUCACGUCACUCGGAUGCAUGAUUAAAGAAUUUGUUGCGGGAAUAUUAAAAUUGGAUGAUAAAAAAUUAACUUUGGCAAAUGCCAUACCUUUCGUAUUGCCGAUAUGGAUGUGGUAUAUCAGUGGACUGUUUUUACCAUGGACUCUGCUGGUUUGGCUGGCUACUACGAUGAUAUCAAGUCUAUUCUUCAUGAUAUUCGGUCUCACUGCUGGACACCACGCUCAUACAAACUUCUUCGAAGGAGACGUACCGAGAGAGGAGACACUCGAUUGGGGAAUCCAUCAACUUGAUUCAAUAAUAGAAAGGGUCGACUACGCGGGAGACCAUUUCAAAUCGCUCACUCGUUUCGGAGAUCAUGCCCUUCACCACCUGUUCCCAACGUUAGAUCACGCCGAAUUGAAGUACCUGUACCCCACAUUACUAGAGCACUGUGAGAAAUUUGAGACACAGCUUCGAACAACCACCUUCUACAACGCAUUGAUAAGCCAAAGCAAACAAUUAAUAAGGAAACGACCUAAUAACUUCAAGCAAAAAGUGAAGCAAAGUAGUUAAAUAGUUAAAUACAAAUAACAUUACUAAUUGAGAACUACUAAUUCCUCUAAAACUUAUAUCUCAAAUUCAUAUAUGAAUGGAAUGGCAAUUAAAGCAAAGAUUAUGUUUACCUUAUUAUAAAAACUAAUUUAUAUUUAAAAAAAAACUUUAUUUGACCUCUAGUUGUAUCAUUGUAUAUUAACGUUCAUGACGCUGGUUUCUACUACAUAACAUUUUUAUAGCUCUUUUAAUUAGUCUAUUAUUUCCUCUAGUUUCUCUAACAUACCUACAAUUUGUUUUAAAUUGCGUCUAAGUUACCAUUAGUAUGUAAAAUCUUGCCUUUAAAUUGCUUUGGUUAUAACUUGUGUUUAAACAUGUCAUCAUUAUAUUUCCAAUGCAAAAUUUAAUUUAGUAUUUUGUGCGUGUCAAUGAACUCUUAAAGUCUCCGACUUGAUAUAUUAUUGCAUAAAUCGUCAGACGAUAGUUGGCGUUGAAAGUUAUUCUUAUAACAUUCAUAAAUUACAACUAUUUGUUAUGUUUUCCUUGAAAUGGGAACAUAAAGGUCAUGUAUGACAACAGGGGACGUCUUAAAAAGAUAUAUGUUCUAAGAAGCCCUCGGUUUAAUUGAAGGUUAAUUACUUUAGGGUUAACACUGCUUUUAAUGAGAAUUUUGAACUAGAUUGUCAGACACGUACCCCUACAUAGGUCGUCUCGUAGAAAAGGUCUUUUAAAAGACAUAUUUUUUCCUUUAAUUUUUAAUAUAUACAUUUUUUAACGUAUAAAAUAAAUUGCAUAAUAACAGACUGAUAUACCAAACAUUAAAAAAAAUGACAAGAACGCGUUUGCUUUAGUUAAAUAAAGGUUAAAUAAAUUAUUUUAAUUAAUUAUAGAUACAGAACAAAGGUACGCUAUAGUUUAAUGAAUAGAUAAGUCAAACUUUUUAUUUUAUAUUUAAAAUUUAUACAUUAAGUCAUUGGCUGUGGUUGAAUACGUAGAAUAUUUUUCUCAUUGAUUACGGAUAUAACUAGAAUAAUUGUUUAUUGCAAUAUAUUUUAAAACAAUAAGCAACCCCGUUAAUAAUAAAUUAUUGUCUUAAAAUUUGUAAUAUUGGAUGAAAUUUACGAUAUAUAACAAAAGCAACAUACAUAUUUUGUAUUUUAAAUAAAAAUUACAUUUAAGAUAAUUAUUUAAAGUAAUUAUUGACGAUUUUUACUUAGAUACAUAGUUCUAUGUGGCUGUAAUAAAAAUAUAUACAUUUUUGUCAAAA